AUGAACAACACUAUAGUGCUGUUCACUAAUGGAGAGUGGCUGGGAGAUGCAACCAUUGAGCAGUACAUUGAGUGGGAAGUGGAGGCCCUUCAGCGGAUGGUUGAGAAGUGUGAGAACAGUUAUCAUGUCUUCAAAAACCUUGGCAGAGAUGAUGUCCUGGAGCUGCUGGAGGAGAUAGAAGACAUGGUGCUGUUUGACCCAGUGGGUCUCCAGAUCCCCGGGUCUCCAAGUCUCCAGAUCCCCAGGUCUCCAGAUCCCCAGGUCUCCAAGUCUCCAGAUCCCCAGGUCUCCAGAUCCCCAGGUUUCCAGAUCUUCAGGUCUCCAGAUCCCCAGAUCUUCAGGUCUCCAGAUCUUCAAGUCUCCAGAUCUCCAGGUUUCCAGAUCUUCAGAUCCCCAGGUCUCCAGAUCUUCAGAUCCCCAGGUCCCCAGAUCUUCAGAUCCCCAGGUCUCCAGAUCAUCAGAUCCCCAGAGAGCGGGAGCCGAGAGCGGGAGGAGAGCAGAGAGCGGGAGCGGGGAGCGGAGAGCGGGAGCGGAGAGCGGGAGGACAGCAGAGAGCGGGAGCGGAGAGCGGGAGCGGAGAGCGGGAGGAGAGCAGAGAGCGGGAGCGGAGAGCGGGAGCGGAGAGCGGGAGGAGAGCAGAGAGCGGGAGCGGAGCGGAGAGCGGGAGCGGAGAGCGGGAGGAGAGCAGAGAGCGGGAGCGGAGAGCGGGAGCGGAGAGCGGGAGGAGAGCAGAGAGCGGGAGCGGAGAGCGGGAGGAGAGCAGAGAGCGGGAGCGGAGAGCGGGAGCGGAGAGCGGGAGGAGAGCAGAGAGCGGGAGGAGAGCAGAGAGCGGGAGCGGAGAGCAGAGAGCGGGAGCAGAGAGCGGGAGCGGAGAGCGGGAGGAGAGCAGAGAGCGGGAGCGGAGAGCAGAGAGCGGGAGCAGAGAGCGGAGAGCGGGAGGAGAGCAGAGAGAGGAGAGCGGGAGCGGAGAAGAGAGCGGAGAGCGGAGAGCGGGAGCGGAGAGCGGGAGCGGAGAGCGGAGAGCGGGAGGAGAGCAGAGAGCGGGAGCGGAGAGCGGGAUCGGAGAGCGGAGAGCGGGAGGAGAGCAGAGAGCGGGAGCGGAGAGCGGAGAGCGGGAGGAGAGUGGAGAGCGGGAGGAGAUUGGAGAGCGGGAGGAGAGUGGAGAGAGGGAGGAGAGCCGAGAGCAAAGAGAGCCGGAGUGCUUUAGUGCGAGUGUGUGCACGGCGUAACCAACCCAUUCUGCAGUGGAGCCGCGGAGCACAGGGGGAGCCUGAGUUAGUACAUGUCUUAGUCAGACCACGCCCCAGUUCACCUUCACCUCUUUUUGCAGUCUGCAAGGGGAGGAACAGGAUGAGAUGCAGGAGAAAGGGAGGGAUCAGGAGACUGAGGUGUGAAGGAAGCCUGGAGCAACUUCACCCUCCUCUUCAUUCUCCCAGAGACUCUGGCCACGAUCGUGACGGCAUUCUAAUUUCUACAUCCAGAUCCUUUUGUUCACACUGUGGUGCGUCUCUCCUCCACCUGCAGCAGCUGUUCAAUGAGCAGCUUCACUGGAGUGCAUAGGUAGAGGUCAAAGCUCAAAACUAACGUUCUUUACUAUCUCCUACACCACGGAGACACACGUGCACACACACACGUGCACACACACACACGCAUUAAUUAAAGUCCUGUGUAGGUCUAUAAAUGCCAGUGGGGUGUAGGGACACCUAUCACCUGUUUAUGAUGAAAGUAGUGAAUGUGAUUGUGUGUGCACUGAGACUUCAUUGCAGCGGGACCACAGAGAGUUGCAGGACUGCACCUACCAGUUCAGAUAAGCAUAUGCUGCAGAAUGAAUGCCCUUUACGUGCACACAAGCACACAUGCACGCAAACACACACACACGCAGGUCUCAUUAGCCUGUGUAAUUAUGCAUGGCACGUCCAGUUGGCCAGUGGGGAAGUAAUUAACCUUUUCCAGCAGGAAACAGCAAUCUGGACGUCUGACACACUCACAUGCACGCACACACGUCUGGUGUCACGGAAAUAAAGUGUCAAAGACAGCGGCUGGCAUUCAAUGAUAAUCCCCUCACGCAUAUUUCCAUCUAAGGCUUAAAACACUAAUAAUGCCAAAUUACCUCUCCUCUCCCUUUAUCUUCCCUCCUUUCUCUUUAUCCCUCUUCUUGUCCCCAAAUCCUUCUCUGUCUGUCUGUCUGUCUGUCUGUCUGUCUGUCUGUCUGUCUGUCUGUCUGUCUGUCUGUCUGUCUGUCUGUCUGUCUGUCUGUCUGUCUGUCUGUCUGUCUGGCUACUAAAACUCUUUUCUCCACCACUCUCCCUGUCUCCAUCUCCUUUCUCCCCUCUCUCAAUCAAUUUGGCCACAUCCCUCUCUCUCCUGCUCUUUAUCUCUCAGUAAAACACAUGUUCGCUGGGCAGUGAGCAUGGCCUUGCCUGGCUGGCAGCACCCAUAGAUUAACACCAGCACUCUGACUCUCACUCAGGGAGCCCUCUCGCCAAGACCACAAAAGCUGCUUUACAGUUGA